AUGCUUUCAGGUCAGCAUUUCGAAGCCUUUGUGCGCAAACUUGACUUCAAGCAUCUUCUAGCCGCUGUGUGUGGCAACAUAUUUGCUUCGCCGAAUCCGUCACAGGUUCUUCGAGGCCUUGAACUUGUCCAAAACCCCAAUGGGACAGUGAUCAUUGUCAAAAACUAUACAGGCGAUAUUCUCAACUUUGGUUUGGCAAAAGAAAAAUAUUCCGCAAAGUUUCCAGACCAGGCUUCGAAGUUGCGCUUCGUCGUUGUAGCCGACGACGUCGCUGUCGGAAGGACACAGGGUGCUAUUGUUGGGCGGCGUGGACUGGCUGGAACGGUCCUUGUUUACAAGAUUGCUGGUGCCCUCGCAAAGAGAGGGGGAUCCCUGGAUGACGUCGAGAGCCUGGCCAAAUGCGUCGCAGCUCAAGUAGGAACUAUCGGCGUCGGGCUCGGCCAUUGUUCAGUUCCCGGGAGUACAAGGGAUGACACUCUAAAGGAGGACGAAUAUGAAGUGGGAAUGGGUAUUCAUAACGAACCUGGAUACUUGAGAAGCUCGCCCGUUCCCUCGCUGAACAAGCUCGUUGUUGACAUGGUCAAUCUGCUCACGGAUACGACUGAUAGCGAACGAUCUUUCCUCAAAUUUCGCCUUGACACCCAAGAUCGUGUCAUAUUAUUGGUAAACAAUCUUGGAGGAACCAGCGAGCUCGAACUCGGCGCAGUUGCUGCCGCUGCCGUUUUAGAGCUUGAAAGACGAAAGAUGGUCAUUGAAAGAGUCUUAGUGGGGACCUUUAUGACUUCUCUCAAUAUGCCCGGAUUUUCUCUCUCUUUGCUACUCUUGCCCAGGGAGGAAGAUAAACACACGGUAUCAGCAGAGAAGAUACUGCAAUAUCUUGAUGACGAGACUGAAGCCACUGCUUGGAAAGCUGCAAUCAAGGUCAAACAUCCUGGUCAAAGAGGCCGGUCGACAACUGGUGAUACUGUGGCUCAAGCCAGUAGAAUCGAUCGGUGUAUGGAGGCGCCAGACAAAUCUGCAUUUGUGGCGCUCGUAGAACGAGUUUGCAUGUCUCUGAAAGCAGCCGAGCCUGAGAUAACGAAAAUGGAUGAGAAGGCUGGAGAUGGUGAUUGCGGGUACACGCUCAAGAACGGUGCUGAAGCUAUCAUCAAAUCGAUUCACGAAGGACGCAUUAAUGGAGAUAAUGUCAUUGAAGACGCUCGUGCCAUCGCAGAAGCAGUUGAGAUGGCCAUGGAUGGAACGAGUGGCGCACUUUACUCCAUAUUCUUCUCCGCCCUAACCCAGGCACUUUAUGACCAGGCGACUCCAAAUACAGCCGCUGUUAGCCGCGAAAUGAUCUCCAAAGCGCUGAAUUUUGCGCUUACUCGACUUUAUACUUACACCAGAGCUCGACCCCCCAGUCGAACGCUCGUGGACCCAUUGGACGCAUUCAUCAAAGCCAUCACCAGUGGAAAAUCGUGGAAACAUGCGACGAAUGAAGCUGCCCGCGCCGCUGAAAACACCAAGAACUUGCCAGCCAAGGCAGGUCGAGCAGCCUACGUUGACCAAAGCAAUCUGGAUGUUUGCGAUCCAGGGGCUUGGGGUGUAAAGGUCAUCCUCGAGGCGGCUUGCGCAGGCCUGGAAGAAUGA